AUGACUUACGACUUCAACAACGGCGGGGGUGAUGCCUAUCUCGACUUGACGACCUUUGACACUCGAAAUCGCGUUGCUUACCAAACGUACUCGACAGCCACGGCCCAUUCGAGUCCUUCGGCCGCUUCAAACAUCAUGUCCCAGGACGCCCGCCACUGGGCCGGUUCCCUCGAUAUGUCUUCAAACCACUCUCACGGAUAUGCCUCAAUGAGCCCGGAGGAGCACCACUCCUCUCCUCCAUCGCAGUCCGCCAGCCCUCACAGCCAGCAUUCGCCGUUACAACAAUCGCCUUUCCAGCAGACCGUGAAUCCCCUGACAGAUUGGGCCCUUCAGCAACAGCAGCAGCAACAACAGCAUCAGCAGCAUCUCGCUGCUGCUGACAUGACCCAGUUCAUCCACGAUGCUGCGCUCAUGAGCUACAAUGCUUUCCCUACCAACUUCCAGCCGACAAAUCCCCUUGACUACCUUCCUGCGACCACCCAGGCUGCUCUCCAGGCGAACCUUUUGGAAUCGACCUUCAACGCCAUGCCCACCAUGGACGACCACAGCCAAACGGUUCAAUGGCCCAGCACCGGAAUGGAGAAUUGGCAGGAGUUCCAGAACACUCUGCAGAUGGAUGGAUUGCCUCGUCUCGAUAGCGUUGGCAGCAACUCGCCCACCGGUACUUAUCUCGAGGUCCUGUCUCUUCCUUCGUCAUCAGGUGAGGGCUGGGCCAUGGUGGACUGGAAUCAGCCCAACUUCGACCAGUUCCAGCAGGCCCACGCUCAAGGUGCUGCCAUCUUCAACCCAUCUCAGACUCUUCACUUGAGGACCAACUCCGAUUCAUCCGAUGGCGCCAAUUCAAUGGAGUUUGGAAGCUUCGAGGAAAUCCCACCUUUCCCUUACUCUCCUUUCUCCCCCGAGUCUGACGGUUACGUCGAUGCUGGCGCCCACCGCAACUGCUUCACCAACGACGGCCACAACCACAACCACAACCACAACCACGCCCAUCACCACAGCCCUCAGCCCGUCGCCGUUACCACUGUGGCCACUGUCCCCAUCAAGUCGGAGCCCUCUUCAAGCCGCCACAGUCCCGGAAGUGGUGCUGGAUCCGUAUCCCCCUCAUCCUCCAGCACUAACCGCAGGAACUCGGGCCCCCGCAAGAGCCCCAUCGCCAAGAGCACUACUAAGAAUGUUGUUCGACGCAUUUCCAAUGGCAAGAAGGAUGGUACUGUUGAGAAGAAGGUUGGCCGCAGAAAGGGACCUCUCCUGCCUGAGCAGAGAAAGCAAGCCAGUGAGAUCAGAAAACUCAGAGCUUGCCUGCGAUGCAAGUUCCUCAAGAAGACCUGUGAUAAGGGAGAGCCCUGUGCUGGUUGCCAGCCUUCUCAUGCUCGUCUCUGGCAGGUUCCUUGCACACGUAUCGACAUUAAGGAUAUUGGUUACUUCAUGAAGGACUGGAAGGCCGAUUAUGAGCGACACAUGGAUCGCGGUGUCUCAGUCUACAACGUCAAGGGCUUCGCCCAGAAGGAGACUCUCAUGUGGAUCACCCACGGAUAUGGUUUUGCCCUCCCCGUCAUGGUCCGCGAGGUCUUUGUCGCCGAUGACAGCUGCUUCUCCGUUGACUGGGUUGAGUCCACACUAACUGACCAGGAGCCCAUCGACUUCGAGACUCGCACUGAGAAGCUCGAUGUCGGUGCUGAGGGCAUCCGCCUUGAUGCUCUGUCCGAGUACCUUGACAAGCACAUCGACGGACCUUUCGAGGAUUUCAUUGACGACCAUUUCGAGGGUACUCCCUUUAUCACCGAGAUUCUCAAGACCGCUCACCGCUUCUACGUCAAGGAGAAGAUGCCUGUCAUCCGAAAGUCACUCAAGCUUGUCCUCGCCUACAACCUUACCAUGCACAUUACCAUGGUCGAGAACCAAGGAUCAGAGGUUGAUCUUGAUGGCCAGAUCGAUGACGAGGACUCCAAGUACUACGGCCGCACUGUCGCCCCUGUCAUGAUCAACUUCCAGAUCAAGUGUGCCCUUGCCGAUAUGUGGCGUGAGCUUCAGAAGGAUAUCCUCGAGGAGCUCUCUGCUCUGUACUCUGGUGUCUACAGUGGUGAGAAGAUGAAGAACUGGCCUACCAUCUUCAUGAUUGCCUCCAUCCUCCUGGCCGUCUGGGAGGAGAUGCAGUUCGACUGCCACUACCGUGUCCCCGACCCUAUCGCUGUCAACAAGUUCUGUACCGACAUGGAGACAACACCUGUUGGUGUUAUUGUGGGUCUCUUCCACGCCAUCUCCCAGAAGCUCCCCUCCUUCACCGACUGGGACACCCGCAAGCACGGUCACCUCCUUCACAACAACACCUCGGUUUGCGAGGCUAUGACUGAAGUACGACAGCAUGUUAUCAAGCACGAGGCUUAUCUUCGUACCCGCAAGGAGUCCAAGUUCGACCGUUACGACUUUGACUCUCUGUCUAACAAGUUCCUCUCCAAGCUUGUUAUCCGGGCCAACUAA